GGCUGCAGACGCCCUCCGAGCCGCUUGGGAGCGCUGCGGGCGCGGAGGGCUUCCGGCGGCCCCGCGCCUCCCGACAUCCUUUGCUCUCUCCCGGCGGCCGCUGCCGACAUGGGACGCGUGCGAACGAAGACGGUGAAGAAGGCAGCCCGGGUGAUAAUCGAGAAGUACUACACCCGCCUGGGCAACGACUUCCACACCAACAAGCGGGUGUGCGAGGAGAUCGCCAUCAUCCCCAGCAAGAAGCUGCGCAACAAGAUCGCGGGAUAUGUCACCCACCUGAUGAAGCGUAUUCAGAGGGGACCUGUCCGAGGCAUCUCCAUUAAGCUGCAGGAGGAGGAGAGAGAGAGGAGAGACAACUACGUCCCCGAGGUCUCUGCCUUGGACCAGGAGAUCAUUGAAGUGGACCCAGACACCAAGGAAAUGCUGAAGCUCCUGGAUUUCGGCAGCCUGUCCAACCUGCAGGUGACACAGCCCACGGUGGGGAUGAACUUCAAGACCCCCCGAGGAGCACUCUGAGUCGCUCUCUUGUCUGUCACUUUUCCAAUAAACGUGGGGAAACCA